GCCAGCGUCUCGUGCCUGCUCGGUUACCGGAGCGGCUCGCGGGCAGCAGACAGAGAGAUGGUCUCGCGCUCGGCGGCAGCAGCAGGUCAUGUUGUCCGCGCGGCGGGAGACCUUCCCGCGUGUCACCUUCAGAGGAGCAACGACUGCAGGACCUCUAGACAGGAUGGGAGGGGACACCUGUCCUCACAAGUUGGGAUCGACCAAUCAGCUGCAGCGGCUGCUCCUCUACAUCCUGAUUCCAACUGUGAGCCUGUUGGGAGUCCUGCUGCUGGGCCUGGGCCUGACCGGUAUUUUUGGCCGCAGCCUCUCUGACUCCGCCCCCCUUCCCUCCCCUGAGCCAAUUGCCGACAGUGACCGUGGUUACCAUGGCAACAGCACAAGCAGCCCCUCCUCCUCCUGGUUUGAGGCUGAAAACGUCACGUUGGUCACGGCGGACCACAGCGAGACCACAGCCAACCCUCCGCUUUCCUCCUCUCAGGCCCCGCCCACUCAGCCCCACACCAAGCCUCCUGAUUGGCUGGCGGCCAUGACGUCACUGACCACCGCCUGGCCGACUGGCACGACUCCAACACCUGACACAGGUCGCUGUCAGCUGAUCGUGGAGCCUCAGUGUCACAUGCUGCCCUACAACCAGACGUGGCUGUCGUCCUCCGUCGCCGUGGUGAAGAGCUCCGAGGUCGACAUGUUGCUAAGGUUCUUCAGCUACCUCAGCAGACUCUCCUGCUACAGACACAUCAUGCUGUUCGGCUGUUCGCUGGCGCUGCCCGAGUGUAUCGCUGCUGACGACACACACCUCAGGAGGGUUGUGUUACCUUGUGCAUCGUUCUGUGAGGCGGCGAGGGAAGGUUGUGAGCCCGUCCUCCAGAUGUUCAACGCCUCCUGGCCGGACUUCCUGCGCUGCUCCCAGUUCAGCAACGCCACUGCCGGCCUGCCGCCAUCUGUACCUUCAUCACCACCUUCAUCACCAUCGUCGCCAUCAUCAUCAUCUUCAUCAUCAUCAUCUUCAUCGUCAUCAUUAUCCUCUACGUCACUUCCUGUCUGCUACACACCACGGCAGAUCAAAGGGAAACCCUCCAUGUGUGGCGGGAAAGACCACUUCCUGUGUGCGACGGGGAUCUGUGUCCCUCAGAAACUGGUGUGUAACGGAUACAACGACUGUGACGAUUGGAGCGACGAAACACAUUGUGUGUGCUCAGAUGGAGAGUUUCGCUGCAACACUGGACGAUGUUUGUCUCCCAGUCUGGUCUGUGACGGAUACGACGACUGUGGAGACCUGAGUGACGAGCACACCUGUGUGUGCGAUCCGACUCGUGAGCAUCGCUGUGCUGACGGCCGCUGUGUGUCCAGAGACUGGUUGUGUGACGGAGAUCACGACUGUCUGGACAAGAGCGACGAACUCAACUGCUCCUGUAAGAGCCAGGGUCUGCUGGAGUGCUCCAACGGUCAGUGCAUCCCAUCGGCCUUUCGCUGCGACGGAGAGGACGACUGCAAGGACGGCAGCGAUGAAGAGCACUGCAGCCGAGAGCAGAGUCCAGCUGGGUGUGUGUCCGGACAGCCCAGCUGCAUCUCCACUUCCUGUCAGUGUGUCUCCAGCUCCAGCUGCGACUCCAGAAACAACAACAGCUGCACCCGCUGUGAGCCCAUCAGCCUGGAGCUGUGCAUGAACCUGCCCUACAACCUGACCAGCUUCCCCAACUUCCUUGGCCACCAGUCCCAGAGGGAGAGCUCCGUGUCCUGGGAGUCGUCUCUGUUCCCGGCCCUGGUCCAGACCGGCUGCUACCAGUACCUCAUGUUCUACGCCUGCACCCUGCUGGUGCCCAAGUGUGACCCGGUCAGCCUGCAGAGGGUCCCUCCCUGCAGGUCUCUGUGUCGUCAUGCUAAGGAGAAAUGUGAGUCGGUGCUCGGCAUUGUGGGACUGCAGUGGCCUGAAGACUCUGACUGUGGACAGUUUCCAGAAGAAGGAGGAAACUCCACAUGUUUGCUGCCAGAGGAGGGAGUGGACGAGUGUUCUCCCAGUCACUUCAAGUGCCGUUCUGGUCGCUGCGUUCUGUCGACUAAACGCUGCGAUGGACACCUGGACUGUGACGACCACAGCGAUGAGGACGACUGUGGCUGUUCUGAGCGUGCUCUGUGGGAGUGUCCCGGCAGUAAGGUGUGCAUUAAAGCCAGUAUGAUCUGUGACGGCUUCCCAGACUGCCCCCUGCUGGUGGACGAGGCCAACUGCUCGGUGUGCAGCGACAACGAGCUGUCCUGUAACAACCACCAGUGUGUCCAUCGGACUCUGUGGUGUGACGGCAAGAAGCACUGCUCAGACAGCUCCGACGAGUGGAACUGUGUUUCUCUGUCGGACCAGUCCGGUUCCGUCCUGACGGUCUUUAGGACGGCAGCAGAGUACCAGGUCUGUGCCGACGAGUGGAACCACGAGUUGAGCCGACUGACCUGCAGCCAGCUGGGACUAGGGGUUCCCUCCUCCGUCUCCAUGGUGACCGACCAGCUGGGCGCUCCGGGCCGUCGCCGUUGGUUACACGUCCAUCCGGAGUGGAACCUGAGGAACGGUUCUGCUCUCCAGGCCCGGCUGGAGAAGAGAAGCCACGCCUGUCAUUCCAGGAGGAGAGUCUCAGUCCUCUGUACCAGAGAAGACUGUGGUCAGCGGCCGGCGGUGGGUGUCCACCCUCAGAGGAGGAAGAGGAUUCUGGGAGGCCGGGUGUCGCGGCGGGGGGCGUGGCCAUGGCAGUGCUCGCUGCAGAGCGGUCAGAGCGGACACGUCUGCGGCUGCGUCCUCAUCGCCCGGCGGUGGGCGCUGACGGUCGCUCACUGCUUCGAGGGGAGGGAGAGCGCUGAUCUGUGGAAGGUGGUUCUGGGCCUUAGUAACCUCGACCAUCCAGGCGUUCACAGCCAGAGUCGUGGUGUUCGGUCCAUCAUCGUUCACCCGCGAUACAACCGGGCCGUGGUCGACUAUGACAUCAGCGUGGUGCAGCUCGACUCUGAGGUGGAAGAGACGCCGUUCGUCAGACCAGUGUGUCUUCCUCAACUUGGUCAGCUGCUGCCCCCGGACUCCUACUGCUACAUCACUGGCUGGGGUCACAUGGGCAACAGGAUGCCCUUUAAGCUCCAGGAGGGGGAGGUCCGGAUCAUCUCCCUGUCUCAGUGCCAGUCUUACUUCGACAUGAAGACCAUCACUCCCAGAAUGCUUUGUGCCGGUUACGACGCUGGAACCGUCGAUUCCUGCAUGGGCGACAGCGGCGGCCCGCUGGUUUGCGAGGACAAUGGCGGUCAUUGGACGCUGUUCGGCCUGACGUCGUGGGGCAGUGUCUGCUUCAGCAAAGUGCUUGGACCCGGAGUUUACAGCAACGUGACGCAUUUCACGCCGUGGAUCCAGCAGCAGAUCUAUGUCCACACGUACCUGAGCGACUGAACUGAGCGCCCGUUCAUUCCAGGAGGAGGUGAUGUCAUCAUCAGGCGCCACACACCUUCAGAUCCUCUACCUGUGCCUCUAUCUAUACUGAUUGCCUUCAGACGCUGGCUGCUGACCAGCAGUCGUAGGAUUACUAGUGCUCCAGACGCUAACAAGCUAGCUAGCUGUGGAUGAGUAGAACUCACAUUCGUACGAUUAAACGUUCACUAAAUUCUCAUGAUUGUUUUCUAGUUCAGAAACUUGUGGAAGCAAAGAAUCUUGCAGACGUGAGGUUUAACCACUGAUGUCACACACCAGCUGUCUGUUGAAUUCAUGCAGGUGUGAAGAGGAGAUGUCCUGCUAAAUCUGAGUUUAUGCAGGUUUGAGGAGGAGACGUCCUGCUAAAUCUGAGUUGAUGCAGGUGUGAAGAGGAGACGUCCUGCUAAAUCUGAGUUUGUGCACUGAUCCUCUGAGCUCUGAGCCGUUCCCGAGGGUUUGUUCUCCUCUGAAGCAUUUUUACUCACUGUGGUUCAUUUUUAAUCUAAAGUCCUGCAGCUCUGUAGAACCAGAACACCAGGAAGAGGGAGAGAACUCAGAGAUGUCUUCUGUCAGUAGUUAGAACACUUCUAAGACAGAUUUGGACAAUUUAAACUACUUUUGGACUGCUUCUAGACAAGUUUUCAACCAACUACAGACUGGUUUAAGACCAGUUAUGACUGGUUUUAGGCUAGUUUUCACAGGUUUUAGACUAGUUGUAAUUAGUUUUCCACUUGUUUUGAUUGGUUUCAGGCUAGUUUAGAUUGUCUUAAGACUAGUUUUGAUUGGUUUUAAACUAGUUUUAAUUGGUUUUAGAAUAGCUUUGAUUGGUUUUAGACUAAUUUUUACUGGUUUUAGACUAAUUUUGACUGGUUUUAAACUAGUUUUGAUUGGUUUUAGACUAGUUUUGACAGUUUUUUGACUAGUUUUAACUGGUUGUAGACUAGUUUUAAUUGGUUUUAGACUAGUUUUGACUGGUUUUAAACUAGUUUUGACUGGUUUUAAACUAGUUUUGAUUGUCUUAAGACAAGUUUUGACUGGUCUAAGACUAGCUUUGACUGGUUUAAGACUCGUUUUAGUUGGUUUAAGACUAGUUUUGAUUGGAUUUAGACUAGUUUUGACUGGUUUUAGACUAGUUUUAGAAUAGUUUUGACUGGUUUUAGACUAGUUUUCCAAAACUGAACUGUCUGGCACAUUGAGGAUUUCAAGAAUAAGUCGGAACUCCUUCUGUCUUUUUUCAAAAUAUUCAAAAUUUGGUGUUAAAACAAAGAGAAAAAAGAUUCUACAAUUUUUUUAGUUUUGAAUUGAUCAUAAAUUAUGAUAAAUGGUGUCUAACAUUUAUUUCAAACCUGAUCUCAGUCCAGGACUCACAGCAGCUUUCAAACUUCAGUGAAUUUACACCAGAAAAGCAUCAUGUUGAACCUCAGCUGAAGCAUAUUCACUUUAAACCCUGAGGAGCCUCCAGUAAACCUCUGACAGUUUAAAAAGCAUCAGUGGUGGUUAAACAUCACAGUUAAACCCAACUUUCUUUGCGUUCACAUGAAGAUUUCCUGUCGUUAUGAACAGCGUUUCAGUUUAUUGUUGUGUUAAAACUCUGUGCUAACGGAAACACUCCCUGGAAACAGGGACAACAGGACAAACAUCUGUUUCUGAAGCUGAGCAGUUAAACUUUUGAUUCUCAUUGAAACAGUCCCAUAUUUUCCUGCUAAUUUCCUUGAAACCUUCCUGAAAGUUUCCAGAAACUUAGCUGUAAAUGACAUCUUACUGUGGUGCUAAUCAGAGACGCUCCAGUAAGUAGUUUAUGAUUCAUAUUUACUGAUCAAGAACCGACAUCUUUAGCUGUUCUAGGAAACUCUGAUGUCUGUUGGAGUUUAGCACCAAACUGAGUCGGUUCAUAUUUCUUCUUUUAGGGCUGAACAGCAGCUCGCUUUCAGGAAGUUAUGAGGAACGUUUCCAGAAAUGUGGCUGUAAAAUAAACCAGACAUCUUCACAAUGAUGGAAAAGCUGCUAGCUAAAACCAGACCAGCUGAGCACUCAACCUCCCACAAUGCUUCACUCUAUAGUGCCUGUACUUAAAGUUAGCAGUAAAACUUGUUACCUGUACAAUGUCGUACUGUACGUGUGCAUGAGUGUGAAUGUCAGCGAGAACGACCAUUUUCUUUGCUUCUCAACACACUAGCAACUGAUUUGGGCAACUUUAAUGGUCAACACUGUCUUCAGUUUGAUUCUAUAUCCGACAGACUGCAGUCCCUUAGAGUCCCCAGAUAAUCCAUGUUAACCUUUGAUAGUGCAUUAGGAGGUAAUAGUGCUUUAGAACUGACGCUGUCAUUUUUACUGUAUUUGUUUAGUACUACAGCUCAUUAGCCGCAGAUCAAAUCUGAAGUUUGAACAAAUACUGAAUAUCAGCACUUAAAAUUAAAUACCAGCGACAUGUUAAAGUAUUUAAAGAUUUAUUCCUGAAUUUAAAUAGUAGGUAAAGUCAAAACACACAGCAAAAACAGAAAUAUUCAAACACCUGCUUAUAACUGUAGCAUAUCGCUAAUGUGGAUGCUAACAUAUAUUAGCCUUACCUCGUUGUAGUUUUAGUUAGCUCGCGGGCUCACUAACACAAACAAUUAACUGCCAAAUUAGCGCCAGCUAGAAUAUGAAGCACAAAUGUAGCACACUGACAAUAUACAACAUGUAUUAAUGUGUUUUAAUAGCAGGAGCACCAAGCUACGUUAGCUUUUGCCAUGUAUUUAGAAGCCAAUGACGUCCAGCUGUUUUAACAGUAGCAGAGUUCACUGGCUAGAUGUUGUAGCUAAAGUUAGCUAGUAGUAAAAAAAAAUGGCUGCAGAAGUUUGGACCAUUUUAGGGAAACCUCAACUUCUUUGCAUAGUCACGUGACUCUUGAAUUAAUGAUCUUGAGUCUUGAAUCAUCCCUCCCCAGGUAGUUUAACCACCAUUAACACCAUAAAUCCUUCCUCCCCAGGCAGUUUAACAACAAGCAACACCUUAACUCAUCCCUCCUCAGGUAGUUUUAUAAUACUAACACCUUGAGUAAUCCCUCCUCAGGCAGUUCACCCAGCAUUAGCACCAUACAUCGUCCCUCCCCAGGUAUUUUCACCACAAACAACACCUUGAAUCAUCCCUCCCCAGGCAGUUUUAACAUACAAAUACCUUGAAUUGUCCAUUUUAAGUGCGUUUCACCGCCAUUAGCAUCCUGAGUAAUCCCUCCCAGGCAGUUUAACCACAAGCAAAACCUUGAGUCAUCCCCUCCCCAGGUAGUUUUAAUAUGCAAAUACCUUAAAUCAUCCAUCUUAAGUUGGUUUCACCUCCAUUAACACCUUAAAUCAUCCCUCCUUAGGCAGUUUUAACACACAAACACCUUGAGUCAUCCCUAACCAGGCAGUUUUAACAUACAAACACCUGAAAUCAUCCAUCUUUAAUUGGUUUCACCUCCAUUAACACCUUGAGUAAUUCCUCCUACCUAGUAAUUCCUCUCCAGGCAGUUUAACCACCAUUAACACCAUACAUCGUCCCUCCCCAGGUAUUUUCACCACAAGCAACACCUUGAAUCAUCCUUCCCCAGGCAGUUUUAACAUACAAACACCUUAAAUCGUCCAUCUUAUGUCGGUUUCACCACCAUUAAUAUCUUGAGUAAUUCCUCCCCAGGCAGUUUCAGCACCAUAAUCGCUUUGAGUCUCUCCUCACCAGGUAGUUUCAGUUACCAGCUUGAGUCGUCCCUCUCUAUGCAGUUUCCCUCUAUAAUACUUUGAGUCGUAGGAAGCGUCCUCUUGGUCGUUCUGUCAGCUGAGUCCUCUCCUUUUUGAGCAGCGAUGCUUUGAUUCUGUUGUAAUAUCACAACUGGCCACCAGGACACGCCCGUGGUCGUAGCUUUAAUGACCACCACUCUUCAGACUGACGCUAAUCUCUGCACUCCUUUUGGUUUGGGUAGAUAAAAGAGGCACAAAUUACAAAUUAGUUUGCACAAAAAAACAGAAAAUAAGAGUUCUUUAUUCACAUAAGUUUAACCUCUUGCUGUGCAGCAGCGCCCCCUGGUGUAUGGACGACAGACUUAUUAGGAGCUCAUAAACGCCAAAUAUGUGAAAUUAGAAGUUUAGAAGAGUUGCUGUUGGUUUGUAAUAAUGCAGACAUCUUCCCACCCUCUAAAACAGUGCAUCCUAUAAUAAUCCACCAUGUCUAAAUAUAAGAUGACUUUUAAAUAAGUUUACUGACAAAUUACAAAGUCCUGCAUGUCCACAUGUCCACGAGUCGCUGGACAGAUUCUGAAGGAAAGUUUCUGCCUGCACCUGGUUUCAGACUAGUUUAGAACUAGUUUAGAUCUAGUUUUGGACAAAUUUUGGACUAGUUUAGAUCUAGUUUUGACUGGUUUCAGACUAGUUUCGAACUAGUUUUGGCUGGUUUCAGACUAGUUUAGAUCUAGUUUUGGACUGGUUUCAGACUAGUUUCGAACUAGUUUUGGCUGGUUUCAGACUAGAUUUAACAAAACUCUACUAGUCCUCUCAUAUUUGAUCACAUAAACACCACUACAUGUGACUUUUGGCCUCAUAUACCACAGAUUUUGUUGUUUUUCUCCAGAAUCCCUUCAACAUUUCCCUCCGUCUCAGUCCUCCCCAGGUUCUGUAGGUUUCUUCCAGUCACCUUGAAAAUGAAACAGCCGGUUAGUUGUCCAACAAACUGCCCAUGUAGCUUCUUCUACGUCGAGGUCGGACUGACAUCUGGAACAUUCCAAGUGGCCGCUGCUGCUGCUGCUGUUUUGUGUGUUUGGUUUUUUAAGAGUAUUUUUCUACAGCUUUUUGUAUGUCACGCUUCUUACAGGGCUGUCGGCGUGUGUGUACAUGUGUGUUGGAGUGUGAACAUGCGGUCAGUGCGUGUUUGUAUGUUAUCUGGUUUCUUCCUCGCUGUUUCAUGAUGACCGAUGGAUCUACAUGCUCUCUGAACAGACUGUAGCCUCUAAUGUUUUUGUGUAAACGGUGAAUAUUUGGUUUGUAUCAUCCUGUAUCGCACCAAUAAAACUAUAUAUACACUCA